GCGGGUAAAGCCACCUCCACAGUGCAGGCAUCCCAUAUGGGCGCCGGUUCGAGUACGGCUGCUUCACUUCCAAUGCAGCUCUCUGCUGUGUUCUGCGAAGGCAGCAGAAGACGCCCCAAGUCCUUGUGCCUCUGCACCCAUGAGGAGUUCCUGGCAUGGCUCCUGGUUCCUGGCUUCCGAUACUCUCAGCUCAGCUCACUGCUGCCAGUUGAACAGUGCUCCAGCAGGCGUGUGAAGCUGUUGAACCUCCCCGCCAGCCUCCUGCCACAGAAAAUGAAGAGCUUGCUGGGUCAGAACAUGUCGGCCAAGAGUCCCUUCAUCUACUCGCCGGUCAUCGCACACAACCGCGGGGAAGAGCGCAACAAGAAGAUAGAUGUCCAGUGGGUUCAAGGGGACGUGUGUGAAGUCCAGCUGAUGGUGUACAACCCCAUGCCAUUUGAGCUCAGAGUGGAGAAUAUGGGGCUGCUGACCAGCGGAGUGGAAUUCAAGUCGCUCCCCGCAGCACUCUCCCUUCUGGCCAAGUCUGGUCUGUACCCAGUGACGCUCGUAGGGGUCCUGCAGACGACUGGAACGAUCACUGUGAACAGUUACCACACCACCGUCUUUGGUGUUGUCAGUGACUGCCUGCUGGACCACCUCCUGGGAAUAAAGACCAGCAGCUCUACCAUGGAAGUUAUCCCUGCUUUGCGAAGACUGCAGAUCAGCACCUCCCUGCCCAGAUCGGCACACUCGUUGCAGCCUUCCUCUGGUGACGAGAUAUCUACCAACGGGUCUGUGCAGCUGUUCAACAGGGAGACUCAGCAACUCGUUGUCACCUUAGAAAACAUUGGCCUGGAACCCCUGGAGACACUGGACACCUCCAAACUGCUCCCCACCAAGGCAUCAUGGAGUUCUUCAUUGGAACGUGUGCUAAGCCCUGGCACUAAGAAUAAGGAGGUGAGCAGCCAAGAACAACACUGCAGCAAGGGCCGGACUGCUGGCGUCGGGGAGUGGCAGUGGAUUCCACAGGACCCUCAGGUUUGACCAUCCUCACCUGAUGUUGAACCACACUUGCAUGCCUGUGAUAAAACCCACUUCAUCAUAUUACAUGUUGUAGAUAUAUAUAUAUGUACAUAUAACCUACAUAUGUGUAUCUGUGAUACCUUUUGGAUUAUUGUUGCAUUCAUCAUGUUUCCAGAGCCUUCACAGCCUAGAAAGUGUUUGAAAUAAGAAAACUCGAACUCACUACCCAUGCCUUUUCAAUCCCAAAAAGUCCCAAACAUUUUCCCAAGGUCACAGAAUGACAGACUGUACUAAGGAAAAUCUUCAAAACCUAAUUGCAGGUCUGGCACUGUGGUGUGGUAGGGUAGGCCUCCACCUGCAGCACUGGCAUCCCAUAUGGGCACCAGUUCAUGUCCCAGUUGCUCCUUUUCUGAUCCAGCUCCCUGCUAUCACCUGAAAAGGCAGUAGAAGGUGGCCCAAGUGCUUGGGCCCCUGCACUCAUGUGGCCACUUGGGGAGUGAAGCAGUGGAUAGAAAAGCUUUCUCUCUGUCAUUCCCACUCUUUGUCUUUAACUCUGUCUCUCAAUUAAAUAAAUAUUCAAAAAAACCCACUAUUUCCAAUGACAAUAAAUCUUUCUGCACAGAUAUAACAAUGUUAAAUUCCUUCUGUAUGGAUAAGAAUAAGUUGCAUGGUCUAGUUUUGUAUUCAUUCAAUAAUUUUUUCCAUACAUUGCAUACUGAACCAUUGAAACUUCAUCAAUAAUUGGAAAUUUAAAUCAAAUGAAUAGGGUCUCCUAUAAAUUUCAUCAAGAUUUUUCUAAAGCCAUGAGAACAAGCAUCCUGACAAAAGGAACUAAAAAUGUAUUCCAAAAUUUUGCUGGAAAGGAAUCAUGCUUUCCUUGGUUGUUUCUACACAAUAAGCAGUAGCUUUCUGCAUGUUCUUAUAUAUUCGAAUCCUCUCUGAUAGGACUGCUGGCCAGAAUCAGUAAAGUGUCAUCAGGUUUGCAUAUUUGGUUUAUUACAUGCUGUCUUUCUGUGACCUUGGGAAAUGGCUUCAAGUUUCUGGGAUUGAAAAAGCAUAGGUAGUGAGUUCAAGCAUUCUUAUUUCAACCACUGUCUAGGCUGAGAGGCUCUGGAAAUGUUACUAAGUCUUAGUUUGGUUGUACUGUUUGUGCAAUUCUUCAAGCCUAAAAUGAUUUCUUCUAAAAAGUUUAGAAGCAGAGAUUUUUUUUAUGAGUCAAUAUACACGUGAAUGAACCCUCACGUCAUCAGAUUGUUUUGUGUGCUCAUUUAAAAAAAAAUACCUAUUUUCAACUUUGUGCAAUUUAAAGGAUGGAAUGUUCUAAGUUUAGAGUCUGUUUAUCAUAAAAGGCAUGACUUUUGUUUGUUCAAACGAGGGAAAUAAUCUUUGUAGCUAAUCUCAGGUGACACCAAGUUGGCAUUAUAUUUCUUGAUAAAUUCAGAGCUCCUUCAAUUUCCUGAUUAGUAGUGUAUUUAUAGUGAACGGCACACAGUUGAAUGCUUCAGAAGAUUUAUCUACUUAUCUGAAAGGUGGAGUUACAGAGAGGGAGAAGCAGAAAGAGAAGCUUUCUAUCAGCUGGUUCACUCCCCAAAUGGCUGCAAUGGCCAGGGAUGGGCCAGGCUGAAGCCAGAAGCCAGGAACUUCAUGUGGGUGUCCCACAUGGGUGCAGGGGCCCAAGAACUUGUGGCCACUUCCAUCGCCCUCCUAGAUGCAUUAGCAGUGAGCCAGAUCAGAAGUGGAGCAGCCGGGACUUGAACUGCCACCAGUUGGGAGGCUGGCAUUCCAGAUGGUGACUUAACUCACUGCAUCACAGCACCAGCGCCACACAGUUGAAUUUUUAAUGUUAUGCUUACCUGGUAACAUCAUGUCUUUCUUCAGGUAAGGGAAAUCCCUCUUUUCACAAGGACAAUUGCAUAAAGAAGUUGACAGGUGUAUCUGUUGUCUUCUUUUCCAGAGUGUUUGGUUAUCUUUGCAAGAACUCCUUUUCUUUCUCAGAAACAAACAUCUGAGGAGUUACUGAGAUGAACAUUCUAUUUCUUUAUGUGUUAAUGGUUUCUUAUCAUUGGAGGAAGUCUUCAUUGAUUUUUCUCAUCAGUACAAUCCCAGACAUUCACCUAAAAAUCCACCCCAGCAGUUCUUUUGUUCUUUAUGGUGAGAGCUUUUGUGUUUAGAUAACUAAAAUUUGAGGGGUUCCAGCGCUGUGGUGUAAUGGGUAAAGCUGUUGCGUGGAAUGCUAGCAUCUCAUGUGAGUGCUGGUUCAAGUCCUGGCUGCUCCACUUCGAUCCAGCUCCCUGCUAUGGCCUGUAAAAGCAGUAGAAGAUGGCCCAAGUCCUUGGGCCCUUGUACCCACGUGGAAGACCAGGAGGAGUCUCCUGGCUCCUGGCUUUGAAUCGGCGCAGCUCCAGCUGUUGUGGCCAACUGGGAAGUGAUCCAGCAGAUGGAAUACCCUCUCUCUCUCUCUCUGCCUCUGCUUCUCUCUCUGUGUAACUCUUGACUUUAAAUAAAGAUUAAAAAAUUAACAUUUUGAGCUAUGUUUUACUUUUGCCCAAUAAUUUUAUUGAAAAGUGCUUUGAAAAAAAAGUAUUUUGAGAAAUAAAAAAUAAAACUAUCCAUGAAAAAACUUAUCCUUACUAUAUUACAGCUAUUUUUACUAUAUUAUGCAACUAUGAUUUUAAUGUUUUAAUAGUAAAACAUGCAUUAGGAUUUUUGCAUAUUUUUCUUUCCUACAAGUUUAGUUACUUCAAUUUAAUUCAUGCAGAUGAUAUUUAUCCUAUAGUAGAAUGGAGAAAAAGUAUAUAGAUAAAAAUGCAAACGUGCAAAUUUUCAACUUCAAAUAUGUAAAUAAUUUCCUUUUCAAGAUUGGUGUUUAUUUGAGAGGUACAGUAACAGAAGAAGAGACUGAGAGAAAAGUCUUCCAUCUUCUGGGUCGCUCCCCAAAUGGCUGCUACAGCCAGAGCUGAGCUGAUUGGAAACCAGGAGCCAAGAGCCUCCUUGGGGUCUCCCACAUGGGUGCAGGGGCCUAAGCACUUGGGCCAACUUUCAUGGGUUUUCCUGGGCAUAGCAGAGAGCUGGAUUGGAAGAGAUGCAGCCAGGUCGAACUGCUGCCCAUAUGGGACGUGGGUGCUGCAGGUGCUGGCUUAGCCCAUUACACUACUGCACUGGCCCCAGUAAUUCCUUUUGUAAGUUAAAUGUAUCAUAUUUGUUAGAUGCUCUUUACACACACACACACUCACUCACACACUCACACUCAAAAAUUUGUAACCAAAAAAUCUUAUUUGUAUUUUAUGUUUGGAAAAUACAGCAAGUCGAUCUGCAAAGACACUUAAGCAGGUCAAGGGUACACAAUAAUGAGACAUUAGGAUGACUUUAUGGAGAAGGUGAUCUGCAUGAAUGAGAGCCAUCAUAAUAAAACCACCUUCUGCAAUUUUGGUCAAAGCUUUCUUAUUUUCUUGCUUAGUCUAAUAAGGAAUGAAAUUGAUAACAAAUAGAUGGUCUGUUUCAUAGUAUUACAUACAUUUUACUAACACCAGAUGUGUUGGAAGUGAUAUUUGUAGGAGAAACAAGGUUGAGACUUCUACACAUAAAUUACGAUAAUUGUUGAAUCUUAAAAGGUACUGAUGAUUUUGGAAGAGAAUUUUGGAAGGAGUAGAUAAGCACCAGUGAUGAUCUAGUUACACAGAUUAAUUCUCAGAAGUUGUGCGCCUUAUAAAAACUACAGGAUAAAUGAAACAUCAUUAAGAUUUGUAGUUCUAUUUAGUCCCAUUCAAAAAGUUUUGCUUUUGUGGCCUGGGAUUUUGGAGUUUUCCUCCUACAUUGUCUCCUAGGAGUUUUACAAUUUCUAUUCCUAGAGUUAGUCAUUUUGAGUUGUUGUUGUGUAUGGUAGAAUGAUCCAAUUCCAUUCUUUUGCUUAUAGAAAUCCAGUUUAUCCAUAACUAUUAUUUUAAAAGAUUUAUUUUAUCCUUUUGAAAGGCAGAGUUAGAGGAAGAGACAGAGACCUUCCAUCUGCUGGUUCACUCCCCAAAUGGAUGCAAUGGCCAGAGCUGGGCCAGACCGGAGACAGGAGCCAGGAGCUACUACCAGGUCUCCCAUGUGAGUGCUGGGGCACAAGUACUUGUUCCAUCUUCAACUGAUUUCCGGAAAUGGAGCAGCUUGGACUCUAACCAGUGACCAUACGGGAUGCCAUCAUUCUAGGCAGCAGCUCAACUUGUUAUGCCACAAUGCCGGCCCCCAUUUAUUUAUUUUUUAAGAAGUUGAAAAUUUUAUUUUGCUGCAGAUUUGUUGCUUCACUGUAUGAAAUACCAUUAGCAAAGACAGCACAUUGGAAAGUUAAUAUGGUAUUGUUCUCUGAUACUGUAAAACUAGCAAAAUCCUUUCUCUGCUUCCACCUGUUUUCUUUUUUUAAGGGAGUUUAUGGGGAGAAACCCAACAGACUGGAGAGAAGGGACAGAGAAGGAAAAAGGCAGAAAGAAAGUGUAAGAGAGAGACAGAGAUCAGGAGAUGGAGAGGAAGAGAGAGCUGCAUGCUCAGGAAUAGCUCCCUUUAACACGUUGCCAGGGGGUGGGCAGGGAAGUAGAAGCCUCGAAUCCCAUUAGGAUGUGGGUGGGGCUGACAUUGAUGUUUGGACCAUGUGGCCACCUGGCUUCCUGCCAUGGCGGCGGGGUUGGGGCAUAGGAUGGUGUCAGGGUGUAGAUCGCACAGUAGAUAAGACUGCAUCAUUUUACUAACAUUCCCCCCGUUUGGUUUUUAUGAAGCAGGAGUUUUAUGGGAUUACAUUAGCCCCAAAAGUCCAGGAGGGGU